CCAGUCGCGACCGUUAGCUGUGGCCGGAGAAUGCGGCGGCUCCACUGAGCAAAACCUGACCCACCGAGCCGGCUACAAGGAACCGACAACACCGGGCACACCAGGGCUUCUGCGCAUGUUUUCAACAGGAUCUGGACUAUGAAUUGUUCUAUAUGUCUAAAGGUAAUGGGAGCGUCUGAUUGGUGAACUGGUUGUCCUUCUCAUCAAGCCUAGACCUCCAGUUGAUUGACAGCGGGAUAUCCCAUCAGCCCCUGCCCUUCAGCUCUUUGACGCAGCCCCGUUGCUGUGGGACCCUCUUCUCUUCUGCUUACUCCAGCUCUUGCCCCCAGUCUCACUCCCCCUGAGGGGCCACAGCGCCAUGGUGCUGUCGCAGAGACAGAGAGAUGAACUAAACCGGGCAAUAGCAGACUACCUCCGCUCCAAUGGCUACGAGGAGGCAUAUUCCACUUUCAAGAAGGAGGCAGAGUUAGAUAUGAAUGAGGAGGUAGAUAAAAAGUAUGCUGGUCUUUUGGAAAAGAAAUGGACCUCAGUCAUCAGAUUACAAAAGAAGGUGAUGGAGCUGGAGUCGAAACUGAACGAGGCAAAAGAGGAGAUGACACAUGGAGGGCCUGUGGGACAGAAGAGGGAUCCUAAAGAGUGGAUUCCUCGCCCUCCAGAGAAGUAUGCCCUGAGCGGUCACCGUGCCCCUGUCACACGAGUCAUCUUCCACCCGGUCUUCUCAGUCAUGGUCACAGCUUCUGAGGACGCCACCAUCAAGGUGUGGGACUAUGAGGCGGGAGAUUUCGAGCGCACUCUGAAAGGCCACACAGACUCUGUUCAGGACAUCUCCUUCGAUCAGACGGGGAAGAUUCUGGCUUCGUGUUCCGCCGACAUGAGCAUCAAACUGUGGGACUUUCAGGGCUUUGAAUGCAUCCGAACAAUGCACGGGCACGACCACAACGUGUCGUCUGUAGCCAUCAUGCCAAACGGAGACCACAUCGUGUCUGCCUCCAGAGACAAGACCAUCAAGAUGUGGGAGGUGGCCACCGGUUACUGUGUGAAGACGUUCGCGGGCCACAGGGAGUGGGUGCGGAUGGUGCGUCCGAACCAGGAUGGCUCUCUGAUCGCCAGCUGCUCUAAUGACCAGACGGUGCGCGUUUGGGUGGUGGCCUCCAAAGAGUGCAAAGCUGAGCUCCGGGAGCAUGAACAUGUGGUGGAGUGCAUCGCCUGGGCUCCAGACAGCGCCCACCCUACCAUCCUGGAGGCCACAGGCUCAGAGAACAAAAAGAGUGGAAAACCCGGCCCAUUCCUGCUCUCUGGAUCUAGAGACAAAACUAUUAAAAUGUGGGAUGUGAGCACUGGCAUGUGCCUCAUGACUUUGGUGGGCCAUGACAACUGGGUGCGUGGCGUGUUGGUGCAUCCUGGAGGCAGGUUCAUAGUGAGUUGCGCAGAUGAUAAAACUCUACGGAUCUGGGACUACAAGAACAAACGCUGCAUGAAGACUCUGUUUGCCCAUGAACACUUUGUUACCUCUCUGGAUUUCCACAAGACUGCCCCGUACGUGGUGACGGGCUGCGUUGAUCAGACAGUCAAAGUGUGGGAGUGCCGCUGAGAUUUAUUCCGAGCCCCUCCCAAAUCCAAAAAAACCCACCCCCUCUGCCCUGCCCCUACACCUUCACCUGCUCCUGUCCCGACCUGUGGCACUCCGAUCCAUAGUUGACCAUGGCGCUUUUCCCUCUCCCUCUGCCCCUUCUCUAACAACAAUCCAGCCCUUACUACGAUGACUAUUGUCCUUUUAUGUAAAUUAUUCUGGAUGUAGGGUACGCUUAAUAAAUGUCACGCAGUCUCUGACACAUGAACACACUCGAAAAGAUAAGAAGUAUUCCUUUGCAUGGUGAAUCAAACUUGAGAAUUGUAUACUGCUGGAGUUGACAGAAUUGCAUACUGUUGUCAUGACUUUCCAUCUUGGUCAAAGGGUGUAAAAAAUUGCGGUUUUAACAGAAAAACCAGUGUAUAGCCUCAUUGCAGAGGUGUAGUUUUUUUGUUUUGUUUUGUUUUUCAUGUUUUCAUUGUGCUGCGUGGAUGAAAGAGGGCACUAAAAAGGGUAAAAAGAUUGAGAGAAUGGGGGAUUUUUUAAGAAAAUUUGAAGUAGGAUUUUGAAUUGAGAGAAAGCUAAAAGGUGUGUGUGCGCCAGAGUGUGUGAUACGACAGGAGAAACUACCUUAGCUUCUCGUCCACAUUGUCCAUCAAUUCAUCUCUUUCAACGCUUUAUACUGUAGUAGAAACACUCACAGGACCUUAAAGCUGCCCCGUGCUGCUCAGAACACGGGCCCAAAGCAAGACCAAGUGUUUUGACAGAGGAAAAGUAACAGGCUCACCUUUUUAAAGAGGUUUUUGUGUGUUCGUAUGUCGUCCCGGAUGAUCUCUUGCCCAGUGCUCGCUAUCUCUGCCUUGUUCAAAACCCCAUAGAGGGCCUCCACAUUCAGGGCGGUCAUCCUGCUUCUGUGGUCUCACCGCUUUCUCUACUACUACUAUUACACACACACAAACGCACACACGCACAGUACAAGUUGUGUAUCAAUAUAUCUGGAUGUCAUUGUUUGCAACAUAAUAAAUAAAAUUCUGUAAAUAUAACUUA